GACGGGCGUGGGGCGGAGCGGAGGGAGCUCCGUGCUGUGGAGGAGCCGCCAUCUUGUGGGGGGGGCUGGAGAAGGGCAGAGCAGGCGGUGAGGAAGGAGGCGGCUGAGGGCGCCAGUGGCUACAGCAUCUCUGCCAAGCUUGAAUCAGCAGCCAUGGCUGGCCACGACUCGGGAUCUCAACACCAGUUCACUGGAUUUCAGAAGUACUUCAAUUCCUACACCAUGAUAGGCAGGAGGAAUUAUGUAAUAGCAACGUAUGCAAGCGUUGCGAUGCUCAUCCUGUAUUUCAAGUUUAGGCCGAAGAAGACGACUCCUGCCAUGGCAGAUAAGUAAAUGGUUUCUGGCAUGUCUGAAGCAUCAAUUUGUGUCAAUGUAAAGGAAGCUGAUGUCCUGCGAUGGUUAAUAAAAUAUAAACAAUUAUUUGCUGUAUUGAUAAUAUGACAUGGUGCAAAGAAGCAGAAGUGGGUGCUAUUUCCUAUUUUAAAGAUAAUUUGUAAUGGAGAUGGAGUAGCUGAUUCUUUCCUGAGUAUUUUAUCUUCUCUGCUGUAACACAUCCUAAAAUGACCUGAGCACUUAAUAGUUGAGGAACGAUCUCAGCAGCAUGAUCCCAACAAGCACAGAGCUUACAGCUGCUCAAAGCAUCUCUAUGUUGCCAAGUGUCAUACUGGACAUCAGUAAACUUGCAUGGCUUACAAUUA